GAAUGGAACUAGAGGAAGGGGGGCUAGAAGAGGGUGCAGAGAAAAGUUGACGAGAAGCUCAUUGAAGGCUGAACUAAAGUUUGGAGUUACAGAGAUCCCCGCCCCUCCAUGCACAUUAUAUAGUGCAACCUGGACACCAACAGGCUAAUAUCUGGCUAACCAUUCAAACCAUAAGGCUGUCUUUACAUCACUAUGAAAGGCGACAUGGAGAGCCUGCCCAAGAUGGACCCCUCCAACGACCACAGUCGGCCCCUGGACAUUGUGCCACAGAGCGAUGAGAAGAUGAAGGAAAGGGGUCAGUGGGGCAACAAGGUGGAGUUUGUCCUUUCUGUUGCCGGGGAGAUCAUAGGACUGGGAAAUGUGUGGCGCUUCCCUUACCUGUGCUACAAGAACGGAGGAGGUGCUUUCUUCAUCCCCUACCUGAUCUUCCUCUUCACGUGUGGAAUCCCAGUAUUCUUCCUGGAGACAGCUCUUGGACAGUACACCAGCGAGGGAGGUGUCACCUGUUGGAGGAAGAUCACUCCACUGUUUGAAGGAGUGGGCUACGCCACACAAGUCAUCGUGGCUCUGUUGAACUUCUAUUACAUCAUCGUCCUGGCCUGGGCCAUCUUCUACCUGUCCUACUCCUUCACCUGGGACCUGCCCUGGGCCUCCUGCAACAACACAUGGAACACAGAUUCUUGCAUGGAGUUCCAGAGGAGGAAUGACUCUUUCAAUCAGCCACGUCUGAACGCCACGUCUCCUGUCAUUGAGUUCUGGGAGCGGAGGGUUCUGCGUAUCUCCUCUGGCAUAGACAAUAUAGGAUCUCUCAACUGGGACCUGGUUCUGUGUCUGGCCAUAGCCUGGAUACUGGUUUACUUCUGUAUUUGGAAGGGAGUAAAGUCCACUGGCAAGGUGGUGUAUUUUACAGCUACCUUCCCCUACAUCAUGCUGUGUAUCCUGCUCAUCAGAGGGGUCACCCUACCGGGAGCCUUCAUAGGAAUCAAAUUCUACCUCUACCCAGACCUGAGCCGCCUGUCCGACCCACAGGUAUGGAUGGAUGCAGGGACUCAGAUCUUCUUCUCGUAUGCCAUCUGUCUGGGGUGUCUGACUGCCCUGGGGAGCUACAACAAGUACAACAACAACUGCUACAGAGAUUGCUUGUCGUUAUGCUUCCUGAACAGUGGGACCAGUUUCGUGGCUGGCUUUGCCAUCUUCUCCAUCCUGGGCUUCAUGUCUUAUGAGCAAAAUGUGCCCAUCUCAGAGGUGGCAGAAUCAGGUCCUGGUCUAGCCUUCAUAGCAUACCCCCGUGCUGUGUCUAUGAUGCCCUUCUCUCCUCUCUGGGCCUGUUUCUUCUUCAUCAUGAUCGUCUUUCUGGGGCUGGACAGCCAGUUUGUGUGUGUGGAGAGUCUGGUGACGGCCAUGGUGGAUAUGUACCCUAAAACGUUCCGUCGUAAGAACCGCAGAGAGCUCUUCAUUCUGGCGGUUGCCAUCUUCUCCUUCCUCAUGGGUCUCAUCAUGCUGACCGAGGGAGGCAUGUACGUCUUCCAACUCUUUGACUACUAUGCUGCCAGUGGGAUGUGCCUGCUCUUUGUGGCUGUCUUUGAGACAGUUUGCAUUGCUUGGAUUUAUGGUGCUGACCGUUUCUAUGACAACAUCGAGGACAUGAUUGGCUACCGCCCUGGGCCUAUUAUCAAAUACUGCUGGAUGUUCUUCACUCCUGCUACCUGCUUAGGUACUUUUGCCUUCUCCCUGAUCAAGUACACCCCUCUGAAGUACAACAAUGAGUAUGUGUACCCCUGGUGGGGCUAUGGCCUGGGCUGGCUCCUGGCCCUGUCCUCCAUGCUCUGUGUCCCCCUCUGGGUGGUCAUCAAAAUGUGUUCUGUGGAAGGUACCCUGAAGGAGCGCUUUAUAAUCCUGACCACACCGUCCACUGACUUACCCAAAACCAAGAAGGAACAAGAGAAGCUGCUGGCCAUCUUUGCUGCUGAUGGGGACAGCCUCCGUCAGAGACACCCUCCCACCAAGGAAGGCUACUUUCCCGUCAAUGAGAAGGAGUCCAACUGCUAGAGCUGGGAACGUGUACCCAGGCCUUGUGAGGUCCCAUGUCCCUCCCCUCGACAUGGCAUCUGCCUUGGGCCCGUCCCAAACCUCUCCUCAACGAUACCUCAUAACUGCACAACUGCGGCCAAAUGAGCACAGAUGCAGAGACACUGGUGCUGCUGUGCCCUGGCUCUUUCUCUCCUACAUGGUCUCUCAGAGACAAUAUAGACUACUGUUUCAGGUGCUGUUGUUAAAUUGUGUAUGUACUGAUGUUCACACACUCAAUGCUACUGGCUCUUCCAUCUACACUUCCCAUCCACGGGACAGUUGUUCGCCACUUCUGCCUCACACUGUUGCCUGAACAACCAGGAACUCUAGCUGGGUUGUGCUGAUUUAGUUCGCCAAUGACGAAGUGUAGCAGACAUUGAAAUGGUGUGAUUCAGUGAUUAGUUAUAUGUCCAUUGUGGUUGAGACUUGAGAAUGUUUGUCUGAUGAUCACAUCUGCUUUCUAAGGAUGUGUUUUUUGUUUUCCUUCUUUUCAUGGACAUCUCUGAUGUUCAGCUCGGCACGUAUUGUACGAAUACUACUUCAAGUUGUUUUUCAGUUAGUUCUAGCUUCUGGCGGAAUGAAAUGUUUCCUUCCAAGCACAGUCGUAGAGUUUCAGUUGAAUACAGUCCAGUUACAUUGUGAUGUUUAUUUCAGGACUUAGUUGAAAGGACUGCCUCAUACAGCACAUCGUAACAAUGCUUUACAACAUAAUCCCUCCGUCUGUCCUCCCUCUACCACGUUCUCAUGUAGGGUUGCUCCUGAUUUCUAUUCAGCUGUGAGAGACACUGUGAUGAGGUAUUAUUUUAGGGCAUUAUGUUGAACCUGCUACAGUCAUAUCAGUUGAUAUAGUAAAUACAUCAAUCUGAUCCAUAUGUUAGUUAAUUUAUCCCGGGAUGCUAAACCUUCGCUGACAACAUGUUUAGACGACAAAUAAAGGAAAAAAUAAAGGAAUGCGAUAACCGCAUGCCAACUAAAAGCACCAUGUCAUUGUGGUUACAAGAAGCAAUGCAGAAUUGAACAAGAAUUCAAUGUAUACUUUUUUUGCCUCCGAAUACUAUGAUUUUAGAUUAAUAUAUUGGCAAGUGCCAACCUAUACAGUUUAAUUUCCAGAUUUAUGUCAGAAGAAUUGCAUCAAAAAUACGUCUGAAGCCCAAGUGUCUGUCUCUAUUAUAGUAACCUAACAUAGCAGGAGUAAAAUAAACCUGUAGAAAACAGACUGAAUAGGCUUUGCUAGCCUAAGGUUGUUGUUUGAGUUUAGGAUUAAGUCAGACAUACUGUAAAUGUAUUGCUUUGAUUCAAAAGCUUACUUGGACAUAUAAUCAUUGUGUAUUAGAAUUUUAAUCAUACCCACUGGGCACAGACGUCAGUUCAACGUCUAGUUUUGAUUUACAUUUUGUUGAGUUGUCAACUAACGUGAAUUAAACAUGAAAUCAACAACAAUUUUCAACAUGUCAAUGGAUUUAGGUUCAAAGUUGGGUGACAAAAAUACAAAAUGCCCCUACGUUGAUAAUUUUUUGCAAAUCCAAUAAAUUCUCCUCAUUGAUUUAACAUCACAUACAUUUUGGGGGUUGAAAUGAUGUGGAAACAACGUUGAUUCAACUAUUUGUUUUGCCCAGUGGGUAGUCCUGUGUUAGGUUUUUUAAGUACUUUGAAUUGUAAAACCAGGAUAUUUGCUCUCAUUCUUGGCUUGAUUUAAAAAAAACUGUAUACAAUCGUAUAUAUAUAUAUUUCUAAACUGUAUACCAAGUCCAAAAUGUGAUAAAGCACAUGACAAACAUAGUUUAAAAACUAGUGAAAGUAUGGAUUGUGUUAAAUAUAUUUUUGUUGUACAGAAUUUUGGCAUUUGAAAUCAUUGUACAGUACACUACAGUAUACCAUCAUAGCGAGCAGCCUAGAGGUGAGAAGCUGGAGAGAAAGAGUUUUUCGGUAAUACUGAACUUGAGUUUCAUACUUUUUACCUUGGAAAAAUGAAAUGUCUCGGAAAGUCUGUUAUUUGCUUAUAUUGCGGCCUAUUCAUUAAUUAAUUAUAUCAUCAUCUACUUUGCCAUAUCAUACAAUAACAACUUUGAAAAGUAUAAGCUCUUACACUUCCAGUAUGUGUUCGUCAGUAUUGCCAACGACAUGUCCAGUGAAGUGCAAAGCUGAAUACCGUUCACAUGUAUCAUUACAACUGACAUUGUAAAAUAAAAACAUUUAUAUUAAAAGUUUAAAAACAA